GACUUUCAUCGCACGUUUCCUGGCUUGAGCGGAACUAUCAUCGUUCCCCGAACUUCCUUGCAUGUUCACUCCAACUCCGUUACCUCCGCUGCCGACUCCUCCGUCUCGAAUGUGACGGACAGCCGCAUAUGCAGGCAAAUCAUGCAUGGUGACCCGGCGGCUCAAUGGGGCUUCUACCGUGCACUGACGACUGGUGAAAGGAACAUUGCAAACCUUGCAUUCUGACCGUUGAGCGCUUCUCGCGAUUGUGCUGCCAUUGACACCCAUCGAUCUCACGACCCUGAAAGGCGCAUAGGCCUCUUUUCAUGACUUCUCGCAGCCUCUGCAUGUAUAAAGGAUGACCAUGCCACUGCUGCCGACACCCCCUCCGAGUCAGCCCCAGCCCUCGCCGAGUCAAGACGACGAGGACGGAUGGAAGAACUACAGUCUUUCGCAGGAGGUCGACGAGAUUACGAGGCAGUAUGCUCUGAUGUCGUCUCAGGACAGUACGCCGGCGUCGUCGCAGGUCUCUCCGGAGCCUUCGCAGGACAGCACGGCGGCGUCCUCGCAAACCUCUCCAACGUCCUUGCAGACCUCUCAGGCGUUCUCGCAGCCCUUCAGCUCGCAGGAUGAGUCGCCGCCCUGCUCGCAGGCCGAAUCUUGGGCAAGCUCGCCGCCUACCUCGCAGGCCGAGUCGUGGCCAUCCAGCUCCCAGUCGACGAUCACGGGCGCCGGUUUCCUGAGCUCGCAGCCCCCAAGCUCGCAGGCCUCGGGGUACGCCGAGUCUCUUGCAAGCUCGCCGUCCAGCCAGGCUACCUGCGAUGAUGAUAUCGAUAUCGACGUCGACACUGACGCCGACCGGCCGCGUCGCAGCGACUUCGACCGUCCGCGCCCCCGCUGCCGGCGCUGUGGUGGGGAGGAGUUGUUCACGCAGUGCGAUCACGGGUCGGAGGAUGAUGAUGAGGCAAUGGACGAGGGAGACACGCCGCCGGCUUCGUCGCAAGAGCAAGGCUGGCCUACCUCAUUGCAGCAGAGCGAGGCCUGGACCGCGUCGCAGCAGAGUGAACCUGCCUCGUCGCAGGGGAUCUGGCCCGCUUCCUCGCAAGAGAGGGAGCCCAGCUUAUCUCAGGAGAGCAUCCACGAUCAUUCGGAGCAGGACGCAGAGGAGGAGGGGUCCCCGAUCAAGUCACGCUCGCCGUCGCCGAACUUCGACGACCAGGGACCGCCCUGCUCGCAGGUGCGGCGCGAAGAGGCUAUGCUCGAAUGCCCAUUUCCGCCGUCCCAGCCGUCGCAGUACUUCGACUACCCCGAGGACCCGACGAACCAGCCCUUGCUGCCGGUCAUCCCGCAGCCUGACGACCCGGACGCGGUCUAUUGGCAUGACCUAAGCCAGGCGAGAGCUCUGCUACCCCAGCAGCCGUCGGCUGCGCCGAAGCCUGCGAGUGGGCCAUCGCGUCGCCGUUGAACGUUGAACGCGAGCGAUCGCGGCGUGCGCGAUUUUUUCUUCUCUUUCAAGAUCCUAUCUCCCAACGCCUUGCUGACUUCCUGCAUAUGCAUUUCUUACCUUUGAUCUUGCUCUAUGUACUACUAUAAUCUUGAUAUCAUCUUGGUAAGUACCUUGCUUGCAAGGUAUCUCGAGCAUCUCCAUUGACGAUGCCACGGCUUCCUUUUUGCGGCAUAUAUACGUAUCAACGUCAUACACUCCUGCCAA